GUAGCAGCGGUGACCCAAACUCAGGUAAGCUCGGGUAGCCAUUACGAAACACUAUCAAAACAUCUUCGUCAUGUCCGUGAUUUACAAAGAAAACACGCCGGUAUCUCGCUGUGGUCGACGUUGUGUUGCAGGAGGAUGCUUCAAUACUACUAUCAAUGGAGUUUCCAUGCAUACUUUUCCUGCAAAGAGACUUGAUAUUCACCGACAAUGGGUUGCUUUUGUGUCAGAGAAGAAAACGCAAAGAUUGGGAGCCGACUCGUCACACAGUGUUGUGCAGUGCCCACUUCGAGGAAGAUUGUUUUCCACUGAAAUUCCGGUUAGGACUGUUAGAAUCAAGUGGGAAGACUGUGAAGUCCUCUUCACUAGAAGAAGAUGCCGUCCCUACUAUUUUCAAUACUACAACGACACCGACAAUGUCGACACCGACCAUGCUGACACCUCGUGGGAAACGUCCCUCAAGCCCCGAGACUGAUUUGACAACACCGAAGACUGUGAAAAGGCCUAGGUCGGCAUUCGUUAAAAGGGACAUCCAACGUUUGAUCAGAGAGUAUGAAGAACGUGAGCCAGAAGAUGCUUCAUGUCCACAGGCACCGACACAUAUUGAAGCAGAUGACCUAAGCUCAAGUAUGGAGGUAACUGUUGUCUCAGUGGAGCCUAAAACUAAGUCUGUGGCUUCACAGAAGAGUUUAAGUCGGCCAUCACAAAGAUCCCACUACACACAAACAAGAUAUAAAGGAAAGGAUAAAGAUUGUUGCUGGCUGCACUGCACUUCAAUGAGAAAGUUUCGAGAGAACAGGCGUCACUUCAAAAUGGUGAAAAGAGAUACAGAAUCACAUUCCCCAAGCAAAAGAAUGGUGACUACACAGUUCGACAAGUGAGAACAGAGUGCACCUUCAAUUAUGUUACAGAUUUGAUGAAAGCAACCAAGGAACGGGUGAAACUUUUACAGAUUCCCAAUUGCGAGGUUGUUGGAGAAUCGCCACCACCGC